CUCACAAGGACUCGUUCUGGAGUUUCUUCGGUAGUAAUCUUUUUUUACUGAUUCUGGCAAUUGAAGGCUUUGUAGUGUGAGGGGUACAAGAGGAUAAGUACUAGCUAAUUCUCGUCGGAUUCCACCACAAUCCCAUCAACCAAACUUUUCACUCUACACUGGUGUCUCGAACUUGCUUUUCACAGCACGGACUCUGUCUUGACUUAACUUUUGCUUUGAGAUACCCCAUUCUGUUGAUACACACAAACAUAUCUUUCAGAAUGGCACCAGGUGCAAUCUUUGAGACGCCAAAUGUGGCCGAGGACUUUAACAACCACCGAGAUGGACUCGCCCUCGAGGCUACUUCUGACGCUAUUGACGACGUCAAUGUCCUCAAGGCUGCCCUGAAGGUCAAGAACGGCACAGCUUCACAAAAGGAAAAAGAUAUCUACGAGAAAUCAGAAUUCGACGCCGACAAGGACAAGACACAGUUCCGUCAGUACGAAGAGGCCUGUGACCGAGUCAAGAACUUCUACCGCGAACAGCAUGAGAAGCAGACCGUAGCCUACAACCUCAAAGCCCGCAACUCCUUCCACAGCAAGACACGCGCCGAGAUGACCGUCUGGGAAGCCAUGGAGAAGCUUAACACCCUCAUCGACGAGUCCGACCCCGACACUUCCCUCUCGCAAAUCGAGCACCUCCUCCAAUCCGCCGAAGCCAUCCGCCGCGACGGCAAGCCACGCUGGUUCCAACUCGUCGGCCUGAUCCACGACCUGGGCAAGCUCCUCUUCUUCUACGAAGCCCGCGGCCAAUGGGACGUUGUCGGCGACACCUUCCCCGUCGGCUGCGCCUACUCAGACAAGAUUAUCUACCCGGAUACCUUCAAGAAUAACCCAGACUAUACCGACGAAAUCUACAGCACCGAGCACGGCAUCUACACCCCCGGCUGCGGCAUGGAUAACGUCAUGCUUUCUUGGGGCCACGACGAGUACCUCUACCAUAUUAUGAAGGAUCAGUCGACAAUCCCUGAUGAGGGCCUUGCGAUGAUUAGGUAUCACUCGUUUUACCCGUGGCACUCGCAGGGCGCGUACAAGUGGAUGAUGAAUGAGAAGGAUGAGCGUAUGCUGGAGGCUGUCAAGGCGUUUAACCCCUACGAUCUAUACAGCAAGAGCGAUGAGGUGCCAAAGGUUGAGGAUCUCAAGGAUUACUACAUGGAUAUUAUCGAUGAGUUUAUCGGCAAGGAUAAGAAGCUCAAGUGGUAAGCGUUGUCGGUCAUCGGGAGGGGCUGAGCCCCUCUUCUUCUUGCUUCUUCACGAAUUUUUCCUAUGUCAUCAUGAGUUGCUGUUUUUCUUUUACAUUGUGCAGAUAGAUGACGCGGAGUGCCAGCAAGGCCCGCGAGAUGCAGUCGAUACGUGUUUUGUCUGGCGGAACUUUUCUUU